AUGGGAUCCUCAAAGAAACACAAAGAAAAAGACAAGGAUAGAGACCGAGAAAAGAGGAGAGACAGGGAACGAAAACACCGUGAACGAGAUAGUAAUAAAGAUCGUGACAAAGACUCGGAUAAAGAAAGGAGGCGAAGGGAAGAGAGAGCAAAAGAGAAGCGAAGUCAUCCAGCAGAGGACGAUGAAAGAGUAGAGAAGAAAAAGGCUAAAAGAGAAGAGUAUGAUGAUUUAUAUGAGUAUGCUGUGGAGGAAUCGACGCGGGAUGAUCAUAGCAACGGUAUGGUUAAUUUGGACUGGAACGCGUGUUCAAUGUUUAAUAUGCUUUUGGUGAGGAAUAUCUGUGGCUAGUUUAAUUUACCAAGCUGUUCUUAAGUGCGUUUACAACGUACGAGGUGCCUCGAACAAUGCUUUUAAACCAAGGCCCUGUACUGAAGCUGCUAAGCGGGCUUUUAACGAUAGGGGGGCAGUGAUGUGGAAUGGCCUAGAAAAUGUGCUUAAAGACGAGAUAAAUCUCAACUCUUUCAAGUCUGCCUUGUCUUUGCCUUGAACCAGGGAUUGCCUUGAGGGAGUUGACAUAGCACUUAUUUUAGUUAUAUAAUGUACAUUUAAGGUUGAUUUUUGUGUAAUUAAUUAUAGGAUAGAUCUUCUUAAUAUAUAGAUAUAUUUUUAGCAUUAGUGUAGUUUCUCUGAAAAUUUUGUUAUAUAAACGGCUCACUGGAAGAGCAUUUUUAAUGAAGUCAUACCGUGAAUAAAGUUUGAUUGAUUGAUUUUCCAAUGUUCUUAUCAGAUAAUGACAUAUCGCAAAACCAUCAAGAAGGUGGAGAAAUAUCACUGAGUAUUGAAGAAACAAAGUAAGUCAUAAAAAAUACUGAUGAAUGUGUACAUGUAAGGGGUGACUAUGGGGGAAAUUUUAACUACUGCAAUUGUAUUGCAAUAGACCAGGUGGAUGUGUCAAUAGUAUUGUAAUAGUGGAGGUACUAUUGCAAUAGUAUCGCGAUGGUUUUUUGAAAUAUCUGUUUUUAAUUAAUGCUUUAUACUUUAAGAAAUAACUGAGAAGGGGUGGUCAUACAAUUCAUUUACUACAUGUCUGCAGUUCAAGAAUCAAGGUGGUGAAAGCUAAAUUUGUGAUCCAGAGUCCCGCUCCCAGACCUGAAUUAAUGUAAUUGAAGGGACCAAUCUGUUAAUAAUAAGGUGUCUCCAUGCACCAAUCAGUAGGGAGCUGUAGCAAUUACGAGGGUGACGGCAACAAGAACAUCAAAAAAGGAAUAGGUUUAACCAGGAAAACAACAAAUCUACAUGUGCAGUGCAGGCUCACUUGCGGUCAAUGCACACCUACAAUGUAAAAUUCCCUUAGGUUUUCUCCCUAAGAAUUUAAUUCCAUUGAAAUUUUAUUUACAUACAUGUGAUAUUUCAAGUGAGUUAAAUUAAUGGUGACAAUGUUUAAAAACAUGCAAGUCCUUUUUAACAGUGACAUUUUCCCUGCCUGUUGCCAUCGUCAUUGCUAAGCAUGCUGUGAUAGAUCACAGAUUGGCAAAACAUCUCAAAAUCUUAAAAAUUUUGUAAGAAAACCCUGCUUGCCCCAUUAAGGUUUGGAGAAUAUCAAUAGUUUUUUGUAACCACAUUUCUAUGAUCUGUAGAUUCUGAAGUGUUUAUACACAGUUGAUUGUUCAAGUAUUUUGUCUUGUUUUGAGCUAUAACCAAGUUGUGCGGGUGACUAGAGGAGUCCACAAUCCUAAUCUGCAGGUUGUUAUUACACAUGCGUCUCAUUUAUGUAGCCAACAUUCGUUUGGAAUUCUACUAAACAUGAAUGGAAUGCACAAAAUGCAAUUUGGUCAUGUACGUUUUGUCCUUCUUCCCACAUAAUCUGAUACCAUGUAUUUUGACCAAAGGUGAAAUUCACUUAAAAGUACAGUGUUAGAGCAAAAGCGUUUGACUGCAUUUGGACCUCCGAUCACUGUCACCCACACUCCAUAACCUUUGGUUAUUUAAUACUAGUACCUUAUAUUCCGGUUCUCUUAUGUUUUGCUGUUACUGGGCCAUAGGUUGUCAAUUGUUUUAGUUAGGUUGACAUUGUUACAGUAUUUAAUGGUUUGUUGUAUCAAUGUGCUGCUGUACUGACCAAUUUAUGGUAAUACUUUUCAGUAAGUUAAGAAUCAAACUUGGACUUAAGCCACUUGAAAUCCCUGAUUCAUCAGCAGACACAGAGGGUAAAGUAUAUCUCUGCACAAUCUGUGUUACAGGUCAAUUUUGAUUUCAGGUUGAAGUUUUUUAACCUACAGUGUAGGUUGAUUAUCAAUUUCCUUUGUCGGCACAGACAUGAUCUAAUCCUGGCUAUUACUGUCUGCGAAGCAGCAAUAAGAUCCCUCAAACCUGAUUGGCAAAUUGACAAUGGCUUUUUGAACUGACCAAUCAUCGCACCUACGCAAAUUCUGAUACACAGGCAAGGGUCCAGAACAAGGAUUUCAGUCCUGGCUUGCGGAUGGACUUAACCAGAGAUUUAGUUUGAAUCUGUGGUACAGGCUACUAGCAAGGACUGGCUACAGAUAGAAGGCAAUAGAAAUUGAAAAUCAACUUACAACCCUGUAGCCAAAGGUACAUUCAAAAGUCACCUCAAAUCAAAUUUGACCUGUAACAAAAUACGCCAUCUUACAUCUUCAAUUAAUUCUGUCAAUUUUGUUGCAAGUACAUGUAUAAAGUUAUUAACCCAUUUGCCUCUGAGCUGUCCGUAACCACCUGUGCGGAUCCGCGUUCUCUCUACUGCUUGUGAUGUCAUCAGUUUCAAUGGUCAAGGACAACUUUGUCUGCUAACUUGUGCAGAGUGAAGGGAUCUUUCAAACCAUACCAGAAUGAGCACAUCCUAUCCUAAGAUCGUAAAAGCUUGCCCAAAAACGUUUCCCACCAAAAUGAAGCCUACUAAAUGCCCAACAAGGGAAAAAAAAAUGAGGCAAGAAAAGCAAAAAAAGAGGGGAGGAGAGAAAUUUUGCUUUCUGCGCAUGCGCGAACUUCGGAAGCUAAUAUUUUGCAUCUGGAUCAGAAGGCUGCCAAGUGUACGACCUGUAAACAGCUUUGUAGUAAGUUUUAGCUUUUUAUAGCACGACAGUGACCAGAGAACUGCUCAACUAGUUUCAAAACGUGUUUUUUGGCAAAAUUUCCAGGCGAAAAUGGGUUAAUAUACCAAUUAGGUUUGAAAAUUAAAUGAAAAGUUAAAUUAAAAGUUUCAGCUCUUUGCAAUCAUUAACAAAGAAAAUAGCAGCAAUUAAAAACUGUAAAAUUACUGGAUGGCAAAAUGUUAAUGAGCUUUGUAUAUUUUGUAAGCCUAUGCUAAUGAGGCAAAAACUGUAAACAAGGACCUCGCCAUCAAAAUAACUUAAGCGUAGAACUUAUUCAUGUAGUUCGUCAUACAGAUGUACAUUGUACAGAAUGUAUGUUAUCCUGAAACCUUUAAAGUCAAUUUUUUCUUUCAAUCCUGCUCAGGCAAAACCACUUCAUCUAAAGAAGAUGUUCAUGUUCCUGCAGCCAACAUGUCUGACCAGAAAGAAGCUGAAAAUGUAAGUGUGUUGUUUUAGUUGCCAUAACUUUGCUUACAGUUGUGCUAUAUGUACAUGUAUAUGUAAAGUUGUAUGUAAAGAUUGCUAAAUUAAUAGGUAUUCCAGUAACUUUUGAAAUAAUAAGUUGGUCAGAGUUAGAAAAAAAUGAUGGGAGUUUGAGACAGUAAGAGCGACUUUCGUAUGACCUUGAAAAAUGGUUUCAGUAAGUGUUCGUUAUUUGUUUUAACAGCCAAUGGAUGAAAAGAUCAAAACAUGGCCUCUUCGUUUUUCCACCAAAGAAAACCCUAAUAUGGAGAAGGCAUUGUUUGAUUGGCCAAUCAUGUUGCAGUAUGACAUCAAAGCAAAGUAUUGAUUGAUUUCCAGCAAGUUCUCAGGCAUGAAGUUUUUUCAGCCGAGUGUUCCCUUAACCAACCAAAAGCCACCCACAUUUGUAUCUGUUCGAUAAACCAAUCAAUUUGCUCUAUUUCCAUUCUUUUGUUGUUUCUGUAUCGUUCGCGCGUUUUCAUUUUAAGGUCAUGUACGGAAAUUGCUUUAAUAGACCCCUCCAUGGUUGUUUUCAAAAUUUUGACUAGGACCAGUGAGCGAUAAACUAUCAACAUGGCUGGAAAGAACGCCUUAAAAUCUGUAAAGCUGCCAGGUUUGAAAGUGAUUUUUUGGAAACUAACAAAGACAUUGCUCUGCAAAGUCAUGAAAAUUUAUAGACAUUGGUAUGGUGGGGGGCCAGAUGUUCCCCCUACACGCACACAGACCACCAGCAUACGUUAAUGUCCGCAAAAAUUUUGCAAGUUGGUGGAGAAAAUAGGAAUUAUCUUUGCUUGCUUUUUGGGAGUAUUGCCUUUGGAUUACUGACUUACAUGUACUAGUCAAAAGUUGAAAGAAAAAAUGUGGAAGGUCUAUUGUUAUGUAGUACCUGUACUAAUAUAAAUAGAGAAUACUUCGUGGAAAGUGCUGGCUUACGGUAUUUACGCACGAGUUGUUGACGUAUCAGAAAUCGAACGAGUGAGCGCAGUGAACGAGUAAGAUUUCUGAUACAAAAACAACGAGUGCGUAAAUACCGUACAAAGCACUUUCCAUGUGGUAUUGUGUUUAUUAUAUACAUACUGAGACAUUCAUCAUUUUGGCGGCCUUUUGAUUUUAAAUCUUUCAAAAAUGCUAAAAUUUGCUGCUACACACUUACUGCAAAAUGACAACGAAAACGAAGUAUCAGCUUUUUAGUAAAAACGUUUAUUAAAAACAUAAAUGACGGUGAGGAUAUGAGGUAAUCCAAGAACUAUAAGUAAUCUUAACUGUUUGUUCUCAAUGCACAAUUGAAAAUGAGUGAAUUUAAGUAAAAUGGCCAGUUUCAAUAUAAGCUUAAUCUUAAAUGAAAGGCAAAGUAGCUGCGACAAAAAGCACAACAAAAGCUUACGUCUCAUUCUGUUUAUCCCUUUCCGCUGUUGUUUCGCCAGCUCUCUACCGUUUUCUUUAUCAACAGAGAAAUAAAGGAAACUAUUCCACUCCAUUUCCGAAAUGUUUUUCACUUUUUAGCGAGAAAAACUCUUUGAGUAAAUUUUUCUCGUUGAAUGUGUGCGAAGCGGCGCUGCAAGCUCCAAUAAAAGGCGGGAAUUUUGGCACGAAACUCACACACCUCUGUGGCUUCUGAUUGGACGUAUCAUUUUUCUCACACGUAAAGAAACAUCGUUCGCGAUUUUGAUUGGACGUAUUGUUUUUUUCACGUGUGAAAACCAUCGUUCGCUCCUCUGAUUGGCUAGAACUAAUCUGCGAACGAAAAUUUACGACAUAGCUUUUUGGUGAGUAUUUCUCAGUAUGUAUAUAAUAAAAGUUAAGACCCAUCCAUGUAGGUACAUGUUGAACUUUGAGUAAGGCAAAUUCUCUAAAACACAACUAAAUUCAUGAUUCUUUCUCUCCCUUUUCCUCCCAUUUUCUCCCGUUGAACCCAGACAUGGCUGAGAGAGUUUGCUUACAGGCUACAUGUGUAUGACCACUGAUUCUCCAAGAUGGUUUUUUUCGCUUGACUUCUUUUGGUUCUGCUUUGUACAUUGCACAUUUACUAUGUGGAAUUGUUGAGGAGAACUGAUAAUUAAGAUAAGAGUCAAAUUAUUGAUCUUUCCUGGAAAAUUCAUCGUUUAUACACCUUCAUGUACAUGUUCCCUGUUAGUGUUUCUGCACGAUGUCUUGUUGCAUGAAGAAUGAGAAACACCCAAGUAAAAUUUAAUUCUGUCUUUUUAUACACUAUGACAGUAAUAUUUAGUUUAAAAGAAAGCUGGAAGAAAUGAGAGAAAAGAGAAGAAUAAACAAGAAACUAGGGUGAGUUUAAUUAGUAGUUAAAUGUCAAUUUGUACAAAAAAUUACUGGAGAAUAAGUACUAUACAUAUACACAUGUGAUUCUUAUGUACAUGUACAUUACAUGUAGUUGCAGUAAAAAUUAUUAUUGUUUGGUCUCCUUUCUCAAUUUCCCUGCUGAUUUUAAGAAAACUUUGUCUUUUUGUUAUAAGCUUUCAUAGUAGAAAAUAUUGAUAUUAUUUUAUUGAUCUGUGAAGAGGAGAAAAAAUUCCAUUAUUGUUGGAGAGGUGAAUCUGUGACGUACUUUUGCACAAUCAGUGCUUUACUGUUUGAACUGCACACCAAGGUGUUAUAGGUCAAAAUUGCAUUCCAGUUAACUGUGGUCUUUUUCUCCUACAUAGCUCUAAUGAUUUAAUUAUCUGUGAUUUAGGGCUAGGAGACAAAGGAAAUUGAUAAUCAACCUUAAUAAUUGAAAAAUUUUAACCUAAGUAUUUAAUUAUGAACUACAUGUAUAAUAUAAAUUUAGCACAAGUCAGCUGGAAGUAGGCCAUGCAAAAUCUCUUCAUUACAGCUGUAGGUGGAACAUGUCCCUGGUUCUUGAUCAAAAUAUACUUGUACAGAAUAGUAAAGUAAAAUCAUUACUACAAUCUGUACUGUCUCUUUUGUCAUUAUUAUUAAAUUUAUCUUGCAAAAAGUUCCAUUAAACUGUGGCUUGUAUCUUUUCUUGUAUAGUAAAGUAAAAAGUCUGGGUGCAGCAGAUAGUGAUGAUGAUGAUUCUGCUGCUUCUUGGGUGGCCAAGAGCGGGAAGAAGGAGAAUGAAAAAAGCCUGGCUGAGAAACGAGUAAGUUACCAUCAUAGUUCGCACAAUCUUGAAAAGGUCUUGAAUUUUAGUAUUCGUCUUGAAAAGUCCUUGAAUUCGGUUUAUUCAUUUACGCUUGGCAGAGCUGAACAUAGUGGCAGUGACAGAGAAUGUAAAUACAGGUACUUCCCAUUUUCAGAUCCACUUUCAGAUCAGGGUAGUGCUUCUGAUUGGUCGUGCCACCUGGGAAAUUUGUUUCAACCAAUCAGAAGUACUACCCAGAUCUGGGUAGUGAAAUGUCAUCAGUAUGGAAUUUCUGUGCUCAUUUCUCAGAUGUCAUUUCUCAAGGGAAACAGUGGUAGCAUCGUGAAAUGCCAGCUGUUUGUUUUCUCAGGCUAUAGUAAUACGGUAACCCUCUAUAAGCCUCUCUUUACCUGGUAGAUCAGAGAUUAGACCAGUCAGUGUCCAGGACUUGAUGGGUUUAAUCCCUUGUUGUGCAUGAAUGUAAUAUUGUUAGCUUUCUUCUCUAGUCUAUCAACCGGUGCUACUGUUUUCAGAGACAAGCAGCAGUACACAUGACAUGUUGCAACUUUGCUUGAAUAGAAUAAAUAUAAUUCUAAUUCUAUAAGAAUAAUAAUAAUAUCAUUAUGGUCCAUAGCUUCUAUGAGAGCACCCACUAGCCUCGCCCAGGUUUAACCAGACUGUAGGUAAGAAAGGGUCGUUGACUUUUCAACGUAAUUAAAUAAAAUGAUUUUUUCUCCCUUAGGCUAAAUUACUGGCGGAAAUGGAUGAGGAGUUUGGGAUAAGUGACCUGGUAGAGGAGGAAUUUGGAUCUCUUACUACGCCAACGAGACAAGUAAGGAUAUUCAA